UGUGUGUCUGUGUUUCAGUGAGUGAGUUGUUGGCAGUGAGUGAGUCUUAGUCUGACAGAGUCAGAGAGAAAACCAUCAGGUCUACUUUAAAACCUUUUGGGUCUGGCAGUUUGAUCGGACUGAAUUCUUCUGGCGGAGUCCUUCACAAAUUGGAGCCAAAUAACAGAAAGAUCUACAAAGAUAGGAGACACACAAGAAGUUCCUGCUAAAAAAUGGGUGCCCGGGCCAUGCUUGUUGCCGUCUUCCUCAUGUCUACAGUUUCUGUGAAAGCUCAAGAAGGAAAGGUAGAAUUCUGGAAAAAAAACGUCACCCUGACCUGUCCAAAAUCUGGGACAUGGCAUUACGGAAAAGACAAGUUUACCCAGGAAACGCUUGAAUUGGAAUAUAAGCACCCAGUCAAAUUAUUUUGUGAAUACACAGAUGAAGACAAAACUUUAAUCUAUAAGUAUAAUUUCUACGUGAAAGGAAAGGUGUGUGAAAACUGCUUUGAGCUGGAUGCUGAAAUAUUUGGGAUGACCAUCUUUUUGGAUGUGGUCCUGACGGCCGUUUUGAUGUUCAUAAUCUACAAGCUCACCAAGAGGAAAAGCUCAGAUGGACACGCUCCCGUUUCCAAACCACCUGCUCACUCCAGAAACCAGCCUCCCAAUGUGCCCAACCGUGACUACGAGACACUGAACUUACAGACCCGGUCAGCGGAUACUUACUCAACUGUGGUGAACAGGACAGGAUAGAAUGUGCCAUCCAAACUCACCAGAUCAUUGAUAUAACGGCAACAUUGUUGGGGUAUACAUCAGGAUUUAAUUGAUUACAUCACCCCUUUUUCUGCAAAGAGUUCCUGUAGAGAGCUUAUGAUGGAAAUGUUUGUGUUUUGUGUUUAUGUGUUUAGGAUAUGUAAUGCUGACCGUAUAUCUCUGACUAUAACCAACCAAGUGAUUUAAGUAUAAAAGAGAAAGAUUUGUGUGCAGCGUGCGAGCAGUUUGGGCUAUAUUCUGGUGGUUGGUCUCCUCCAACCUCCCCGUUUGAAUUUUAGCAUUCAAUAUGAGCUUUUACUUGAGCUGAAGCACAUUUGCAACAGUCUCAUAUUUUCUCAUUGUCUCAUAUUUUUUAUUAAGAAAAGGCUACUGUAAGCAUAUAACCAUUUUAAAGCCCUAUAAGUGAUGUAAUUUUUGUCCCCUCUUUUGUAAAAUACUUUUUACUGUAUUCAUGAUAUUGAUAAUGGGAAACUGUGUUCAAACAGACCUGCAAAGUUUACUCAAAGGUUUUAACCUGAUCGUUGCUUAAAUGUACAAAAAAAGAGGUAAAAAAAGAAUUCCAGGGUCAUGUCAGGCAGUUUGGAUUCAGAACAGUGAAGUUAUUUUUAGGUAUUAAUCUCAUGAAGUCACCACUUUUAAUCCCACUGAACACAAUUUUUCAAGGGAUUUGAAUUUUGAUAACAUUUCCAAAUACUAUUUGUAUGGGUGUAUUUCAAUGCCGUGAGCCAGAACUUUCAAAUACAAACCCAAGCAUAUCAUCGACAAGGUUUGGAGACUUCAUCAGAGCGGCAACAAGAAGCUGCUUUACGCAAAUAAUCACACAUUAUCCAGAAAAACGUUCUUUGAAACAAUGCAAAACAUCUGCUCUGCCAUAGAAGGCCUUUACCGUACAUCAGUUCGCUUAAAAACUGCACGCUGAUCCGAGGUGGCUUUGUUGUGACGUAUUUUGUGUGUUUUUGUUGUUUUAUGGCGGUGCAGAAGCACACAGAGCUGUAAUUAUGCCUUUUGUUCAUGAAUAAGAUCCACAAAAAGAACAGUGAUGGUCGGCUAAAAGUAGAAGUGUGGAAAAGGAUUUUUAUUCUAUCUGCAGUAUAACCAGUAAAGUGGAUUUUGUGGAUACAUGCUGUACACAUGGUGCUUUUUAUAAACAAAUAUUUUAUAUUUUUUAAAUGUCGCAGAGUGCUGUUUAACUGUAACUCACAGCAGUAAAGGGAAUUUUGUAUUAUAGCAUUUCAUUUCAAAGAUCUGUUGCUGUAAAUCCUUCUGCUAACAUCGCCAAGAAUGGGCAAAACACUUGUGUUUCAGCUGUUUUUAUUCAAACUACACAAACAUUUGGCCCACCUUCUCUGCCUGUGUGUUGCCUUCUCAGUUCACUCUGAUGCUUCUGAUCUUCUUGUAAUUGUAAUGUGUCACUAAUGAAAUAAACCGCAGUCAACCCC